GUCAGUGGUAAGGCUGCAUCAAUCGUUCUCUCUGCACAAUAAGGGAAACUGCCUGCAUGUUAACACAGACUUCAGGGCGAAACCUUUCCAUAUGCUUUUUCCAAAAGCUGAAAAGACUCGCGCAGCCUAGCCAGGAGACACCAAAUUGUCGUGGAAAUUAGACAACACUCUGAAGAAUCUCAGCUAUAUAACACGAAGACCUCCCCUGUUAGUGAUAUGUCUGAGGGAGUAGUUGGGAGAGGAGAUUUUGGCUCCAUGGUCCUUCCAAGCCGACCUGAAGUGGCAGCAUGUCCUGACCAGGAUGAAUCCAUAAACAAAGCCUCAUGGGAGCUACCAGCUGGAAUAUAUGGCCAUGCUGUCUCUGGAAGUCAUGCUGAUUAUGAUGACAGCCCAGAACCUUAUCAGGCAAUGAAGAAGGUGAAGCUGUCCAAUAAUGCAACGGAUAAGAUGCGCCAACAUUGGUUCGAACAGCAAGAAGCCCAGCCUACACCGGGAAUGAGCAGAACAACUGAAGUGACCUCAGAUGAAGCAGCAUCUCUGCAAGAUGAAAUCAUACCCGUUUCCCUAAAGAAGGAUCCCUACGAGCAGGUGGAGUUGCGGCCAUUCUCCAGACCGGAGCUUGCCCUCACUCAGAGCUUCAGUCUGCUUAACUUGCGUGACUGGAAGAAUAAAAUCGAGGGGCUCAUGUUCCUGCGCUGUUUGGCAUGGUAUCACUCCGACGUGCUUAAAAGCAGGCUUCAUGAAGUCUGCCUUGCUAUCACUCAAGAGGUUUGUAACUGGCACAACAGAGUGUCCUGCAUCGCCAUGGAGACUUUAGGAGAGCUGUACUCUAGCCUGCAGAAGGGAAUGGACCAGGAGCUGGAAGCAACAGCCAAAGUUCUGUUACACAAAACAGGACAUACCAAUGAGUUGAUUAGCCAGCCCGCAGAUGCCGCGCUGGGUGCCAUGGUGCAGAACUGCACACCUACACUCAGCAUGAAUGCCCUGCUUGCUGGAGGACUUGGUCAUGUGAAGGCAGCCGUAAGGACGUGCACUGCUCAGCACUUGACUACUCUGGUCGAGAAGAUCGGCACCGGGCGCUUAUUGUCUGACGUGAAAGAUCUCACGGACCGAAUCUUACUCGCUGUCUCCAAGCUGGUGCGAGACUCUUCACCUGAAACCAGAUCUCUUGGACAGCAAAUGCUGCUGUUCUUGUCUUCUCAUGAAGACUUUGAUAAUAUGGUGGAAAAGUACAUGACUCCCAACGACCUGGUAACCAUCAGGAACACCAUCGUCACUCUGAAGAACAGGAAGGUGUCUGUUCAGAACAUCGUUUACCUAGGUCCACUAUGGUAGUCCACAGUAGUAUGCUAAAACAAUGCUAAAAGUAUCAAACCUUUUUUAACAUUAGAUUAUAGCUGUAGCUUAGCUAUAGACAUAAUUUACUGUAUUGGAAAGUUCUGUGGCUUAUUUAGUUAUUUAGAGGUUUAAUCAUACUUUAAAAAAAAAAAGGCUGAAGCUGUUGUCCAGAAGAAACACACAACGAUCAUCAAUGAAACUGGAACUAUGAUGUAGGGAAAAUGUUAUUUUAGUAUGUCCUGCACUGCAAUUAGACACGAGAACAUGCACCAGCAUAAAAUACAUAUUUCACACCAAUAAAAAAUACAAUACAA